AGGACAUAUGUUCAGCCGGGGCGACUAUAGCUAGAACACACAGCUAGCUUUCCGAUGCAGGCACGUUGAUGUUUCUGGGAAGGACUCAUUCAUGCAUAUUGGAGAAGGUAUUAUUAAAUCAAGGCUGGCAGUGUGACAGCCAGUAUGCAGCAGGAGAGCUGAGCUUAAAUGUCGCUACAAAUCAAGUGCCUGGUAAGUGAAUGCAGUUGGAGUACAAGCAAUCCAAGACCAUUUAGAAACCGUGGAGUCAGGAAUGGUCCGUUAGUUUCAUGACGUGCACUGCUCUACCCUGUGGCUCAUCAUUUUCCUGUGUUUGGCUGGGACACAUGAAGCAGUUUUGUGGCUUUUCCUGCAGUGUAAUACCAACGAUCUACAUGUUUUUCUGCUGCUUCUGGUCUGCUCGGGGAGUGAGAGAGAACUGCACAUCUGAAUUAGUAAUAUGGUCAGAAGGAACAAAUGGCACGUCGGUUAAGACUUCAUUUUGCCACCAGACGAAGUAAUACUGAUCCAUUGCCGGACAGCUCUGAGGAUGCUCUGGAUAGCAAUAUUCACAUGUGCUUCCAAAGAGGCUCCCAUUCUUCUGCACCAAGUGUGAUACAGAUGAGACUGUCUCCACGGCAAACCGUGCAACUGUCCUCUUCACCUGAAAUUGGGCAUUCAUAUCAAGGUAAUUCUGUUACACCUCCUAGCAAAAAAAGCACGUCGCUGCAGAUUUCUUUACAGCCCAACCGGAGUAGUAGAUGUCAUCAGCCUGGCAACGCAGACCUUUCUGCAGAAGACUUUUCAUUCGUCAGUGAUUACAAGGAUGGGAUUAAUUCUAGUUAUAACAUGAGCAGGAAUUAUAGCUGUCACCCGGUCGUAAAUGACAGCAGUUUCCCAAAUAACACCUUGGCUAAGAACGGCAGUUCAUGUAGCAUUGCUGCAAGUGACAAUGGAUCAUUUAGUAGUAACAGCAGUGACUAUGGAUCAUGUACAAGUACGACAAGUGACACUGGGUCCUGUUCUAAUAGUGUCAUAAGUGACAAUAGUAGCUGCACCCUUUCUCUAGGUGAUGCCAGUUAUAUUAACAAUGCGCUUUCCAGCAAUGCAGCCUCUAUAAAUGCUGAAGUGAAUACUUCCAAGCUAAAAAAUGUUCGGCAGGUUUAUUCUAGGUGUAAAAGUACUUUUCCUUUUGACCAAGAUGAACUAGACAAAGAAGUGAUUAUAGGAAAUCUGCCAUCAAGAAGGAGAACAAGGCUUCCUCUGAGACGUUGUUCUUCUUUGGUCAUCUUCCCUCGCAGUCCUUCUGAGACGCCACCGACCUCUCCAACUACUUUGAGCCCCCCAAUAAAUAGAGGCCCUUAUCAGACAUCCUAUCAGUUCAUGCUUUGUUCUAAUGAGAUUGCACAGAAGGAAGAUCAACUUUCAUCCAAAGGAUUUCUUUCGACAGCAGUCAAUGGAGUCCGUCUUUCCAAAAAUAAUUGCACUAUUGGUGAAGUUAGAGACGUUAAACCACUUUACUUGAAUGACUCUGUACAAGAGGCCUAUCCGUCACAUGGUCUUCAGAGCACGGCUACUGCAGAGGAUGGGUUUUCUUCUAUUUCACUACGUGUUUCUCAGCAGAGACCGUUGUCUGCAGACGGUGAACGUGUUCGUACAAAAUCACGCAGACACAAUGAAUCUGAGCCCUGCAGUGGAGUCCAUUCACAUCGCCACAUCCGACUAUCUCGCAGUACCUCUGCCUGUUCCCCUUCAAAUAAAAUUGCAGAAUGUCAGAUCAAUCUUAACGGAGACCAGGGCAGCAAAGUUAUUCCCACCAGGAAAUCAAGCCAUCUUUUCCAAAGAAGUAUAUCGGAAGGACCUCCCAACAAACUUAACUCUUCCAGUCUUAAGAAUAUUUACCCCAAAUCUGGGUCAUCCCAUUUGCAUAUACAGUUUGCACCCGGAAGUGAAAGCAGGAUAUGUAGCUUUAAGAGACAAUCUAUAAGAAAGCCCUCCACUGGUGUGACUGUCAGACCCUCUGUAAAACCUCUCAAGACCAGAGAUGACUUUCUUGGUCAAGUGGAUAUUCCUCUCUACCAGUUACCGACUGAAAAUCCACGGUUGGAGCGACCAUAUACUUUUAAAGACUUCAUCCUUCAUCCACGGAAUCACAAAUCUAAGGUCAAGGGGCAUCUUAGACUAAAAAUGACGUAUUUACCUAAAAACAGUGGAUCAGAAGAAGAAGGCACAGAGCAAGGUGAAGAGAUAGAGCCUGGCUGGAUUAUAUUGGACCAACCAGACCCCUCUUAUCAACCACAACAGCAGGAAAUAUCUCUGCUACCUCUAGGGUGGGAAGAGAAACAGGAUAUUCUGGGAAGAACUUAUUAUAUCAGCCAUCAGUUUAAAAGAACACAGUGGCAGAGGCCUACCAUUCAAGAUGGCACUGCUGGUCCAGAAAGCGGCAGUGUUCAGUUGGAGGCUCAGCGGGCAUUCACUACUCGAAGGCAAAUCUCUGAGGAAGCAGAAGGUCCAGAAGCCAGGGACUCUCCAGAGAGCUGGGAAAUUAUUACAGAGGAUGAUGCUACGAUAUACAGCAACCAUUCUGUGCAGCCCAUGCCUGGUAAUGAUCUCCAAGCACAAGUCACUGAUGAACUCAGUAGCAGACUCCACAUAUCUGGAAAUGUACCCAAUGGUCGUCACAGCGCCAGCACUGCCCAUUCCAGCAGAAGAGAGAACCUGCAAUCCUAUACACAAGAGGAACUUCCCACAUUACCAGUUUUGUUACCCACAUCUUCAGGGUUACCACCUGGUUGGGAGGAAAAGCAGGACGAGAAAGGAAGGUCAUAUUACAUAGAUCACAAUACAAGAACUACUACGUGGGAGAAGCCUGUAGUUCAGAAGCCUGCACCUGUGGAAAUGUCACAGACCUCACCCACCCAGAAUGUUCCUAGUGGUCGUCAGCAGCAGUCGCCAUCAUAUGAAUCCACCAAACAGACUGUGGACCAGGAUCUGGGAUUCCUUCCCAAAGGCUGGGAAAUGAGGCGUGCCCCAAGCGGACGCCCUUUCUAUAUCAAUCACAUCACAAAGACUACAACAUGGGAAGAUCCAAGACUGAGAAUUCCAGUACAGCUACGGCCAAAACCACCUAUAGAUUUGUCAGACCUGGGACCACUACCACCGGGUUGGGAAGAACGAACACACACCGAUGGACGAGUCUUUUAUAUUGACCACAACACAAAGAGAACUCAGUGGGAGGAUCCGCGCUUACUGACUGCAGCAAUAACAGGACCGGCUGUACCUUAUUCUCGGGAUUACAAAAGAAAAUAUGAGUACUUCCGUAAAAAGCUGAAGAAGCAGCUUGAUAUUCCUAACCGGUUUGAAAUGAAGUUGCGUCGCACAGCCAUUUUUGAGGAUUCUUACCGGAGGAUCAUUUCUAUGAAAAGGGCAGAAUUCCUUAAAGCACGUCUGUGGAUUGAAUUUGACAAUGAGAAAGGCCUGGAUUAUGGUGGAGUUGCCAGAGAAUGGUUCUUCCUAAUAUCUAAAGAAAUGUUCAAUCCAUACUAUGGCCUCUUUGAGUACUCUGCAACUGAUAAUUACACUUUGCAGAUCAAUCCAAACUCUGGACUGUGCAAUGAAGAUCACCUUUCAUACUUCAAGUUUAUUGGCCGUGUGGCUGGGAUGGCAGUUUACCAUGGAAAGCUUCUGGAUGGUUUUUUCAUACGACCAUUUUAUAAAAUGAUGCUCCAGAAAGCUAUAACUCUGAAUGACAUGGAGUCUGUGGACAGUGAGUAUUACAACUCUCUCCAGUGGAUACUUGAGAAUGAUCCAGGAGAGCUAGACCUUCGAUUCACUGUGGAUGAGGAACUCUUUGGACAGACACAUCAACAUGAUCUUAAGCCUGGUGGUUCAGACAUAGUAGUUACCAACAAGAACAAGAAAGAGUACAUACAUCUUGUCAUACAGUGGAGGUUUGUGAACAGAAUCCAGAAACAGAUGGCAUCGUUUAAAGAGGGAUUUUUUGAACUGAUUCCUCAGGAUCUGAUUAAAAUAUUUGAUGAAAAUGAGUUGGAGCUUCUUAUGUGUGGGUUGGGAGAUGUGGAUGUCAAUAACUGGAGAGAACACACCAAGUAUAAGAAUGGAUAUUCUCUUGGACACCCAGUUAUUCAGUGGUUUUGGAAGGCAGUAUUAAUGAUGGAUGCAGAGAAGAGGAUUCGCUUGCUGCAGUUUGUUACUGGUACUUCAAGGGUACCAAUGAAUGGAUUUGCUGAGCUAUACGGCUCAAAUGGACCACAGUUGUUUACAGUUGAAAAAUGGGGCUCUCCUGAGAAACUUCCCAGAGCGCACACAUGUUUUAACCGCCUGGACUUGCCACCUUAUGAGUCAUUCGAGGACCUAUGGGACAAGCUGCAUAUAGCAAUCGAAAAUGCUCAAGGUUUCGAUGGGGUUGACUGAAGAGUGCACGAAGAGUGGACAUGUGCUACGUUUACCACUGAGAUUCGUGUUUUCCCCCAGGGAACGUCUAUAGUGUUGUUUUGCAAUUUUGUUCAGAAGUUCUCCUAUUUAUAGAAGGAGAUGACCAGAAAGAUAUUCCUCUGUAACCAUACAGAGAAGUGUAUGUGCAUACGCCUCACACAAGGAUCAUUUUCCAAGUUCCUCCAGCGUUUCACAUAACUUGGCAUUUCUUAGAUCUUGUGGUUAGCUCUCGCUCCAGACGUCAGUCUUACUUGGUCACUAUAACUACUGAAUUAUAAGCUGUGAAAUGAGCAUAAUCGUGAAGUAUUAUUUGCUUGUCCCCCUUCUAGUGAAAGAAAAUACUCCCUAAACCCUUACACAGCUGGCACAUCCUUUGUCAUAGGAAGGCUUUCAGACAAUUUGAGUAUAUGAUUUCCAUACCAAAGUGUAACUCCCCUGAAACCACUCAGUAUUUUACCUCUUUUCGAUGAAUAAAAAAUCCACGUGACUCUCAAUAGACAUAUACCAGUGAUAGCCCAUCCAUGUGGUGGUGUUCUACUAUUUGUCAGUGGGCUCAGACAUUUACCAACAAGAAGGGUUUAGGGGGGUUGGGGGGUUCUGACACAGCGGUAGGCCUUGUUAAUCUGUGAAUACACUUUUGGUAAAACAUUCAUCCUUACCUGUGCCACAUUGAUGGCAUUUCUCAGGGUUCUUAUUUUAGUUAACGGGGGUGUAGUUGCAGGAGUGGGUGGGCGAGGUUGGUCCAUAGACACUGGUCUGUGGUUCUCAGAGUGCAGGGAGGAGAAGAGAUUGUAUGGCCAGUUUCAUGAGCACUUAAGGUGGAGUUGUCUUUUAAAAAGAGGACCUGUCUCCUCUCCUGACAUGUCUGAUUUAGUGAAAUAGUGUACAGAUGUAGCCAGUGUUAUUUGGAGACUAGGCACGAUAGGACGGUCACUUUAUGGUGAUAUGUUGUAUCACUGUAAAGUGUUUUUGUUGUGUUAACAUUGUAAGCCAGCAUAAAUAAUAGUGGCUACAUCCAUAUUCCCCAUGUGAUAAAAAUUCUGGAGUAUAUUUUCUUAUAACUCUACACCAGGCAUGCUCAACCUGCGUCCCUCCAGCUGUUGUAAAACUACAACUCCCACGAUGCCCUUCUGUAGGAUGAUAGCUGUAGGCUGUCAGAGAAUAAUGGGAGUUGUAGUUUUGCAACAGCUGGAGGGCCGCAGGUUGAGCAUGCCUGCUCUACACCAUGCCAUUCUUCUGUUAUUUCUCCUAGAAAUUUGACAACCUGGUGUUAAUUGCUGGUGUGUCAGUGCUGAUUGUGUAGGGACAACCCUUUUGACAAUGGAAAAGUUGCAUCCAUUCUAGGAGGGUUAAUAGAGGCUUGCCAUUGUAAAAACAAUAUUCUCCAGAAUUGUGCUAUUAUAUGGAAUAGAAUUAUUUAUUUAAAAAGGCUUGUCAGGAGGGCUGACAAUACCACUAUGAGACGUGAUCUCCGUGCACGUCACAUGCUGAACGGAUACUGUCCUGCAUGGGUGAACUCCAUCAGCCUUUCUGUAGGGGGCAAUACUUUCUCAGCACCUGCCUGUCUAAUGCUUUUGAUACCAAUGCCUUAAAGGGCUGCUAUGUCAUUUCACAAAGUCUUUUCUCCAUAAUAUUAGCAGUUUUUUAGCAGUCAUAUUGGCCAGAAAAAUAUGCAGAUAUUCUGGUUCAAAAUUGAAAUGUUAGACUACUUUCACAUGUGUGUUUUUAAAUCCAGCAGAGGAACAGUUUUCCGGUUUUCACUGUAUACGGCAUAGCCAGAUACUACCGUUCACUGCCGGACCCUGUUCACUAUAAUAAAAUCCAGAUGGUUUUCGGCCAGACAAAAAAAACACUGCAUGCGCCAGUUUUUGUCCAACUGAAACCAUCCGGUUCCCCAUCAGAUCCCAUUUUCGUCAAUGGGGUCUGGUGGUGAAUGGCAGAAUCCUGCUAUGCCAGACACGGUGAAAUCCGGCAAGCUGUUCCUCUGCUGGAAUAACCUGCCGGAUUUAAAAAUGCAGAUGUGAAACUAGCCUUAAUGUAUCAUUCUGAGUGAGAUCAAAUUGCUUUAAUGCACAUAACUGAUUCUACCGAUCUCUACUUUUUCUCAUAUUUAGACUUGCUUCUGCUUCAGGCUGUGUAAUGGUCUUAAUCACAAUGUACUUCAGCACCCAUCCCCCAACAAGGCUUUAAAGAGUGACACUGCCCCAGCAUCCAGCAAUAUUCUAGUCUUUUGUACUGUUAUCAUUUAGGACGGUGAUCAGCAACCUCCAGCACUCCAGCUGUUGUGAAACUACCACUCCCAGCAUGCAAACUUGUUCGGCUGGUCUUGGGACUCCCACAGGAGUGAAUGGAGCAUGCUGGGAGUUAUACUUUCACAACACCUGGAGUGGCGGAGGUUGCUGAUCCCUGAUAUAGAUCACUGUCCUGUGGUUCUGUUGUUUUUUCUUUGUCUCGUUUUUGGACAUCAUUUUGAAGAUGAAAUCUAUUCUUUGCGUUUGGCGUGAGAAAUGUAUUAAUAUGCUGAACACUUCCAUUAGCCCAGAGUGUGUACACAUUAUUUUUUGCAAUGUUGCACAGUUACUCAGACCCAACAUGUUUACAGAGUUUUCUACGUUUACAGUUAGCCUUGUUUAUACUAUAUAUAUAUGUGUGUGUAAAUAUAUACCGUAUAUAUAUAUAUAUAUAUAUAUAUAUACACACACACUCUCCUUCACUUAGCCUAGAUACCAAAUAAUGUAUUACUAUACAAAGUAACCAAAGUCACAGUAUAAUGUGAGAAGUUGUCAUUUGCUCUUUCUUUGUAACUCUGUGUGGCUUUUUUCUACUGUUAAAUUGUUUUCCAAUGUGAAAAUGUAGAGUUUGAUUUACUUUGAUAAUUUCAACAGAAUUUCCAGUUUCAAGAGGAUCUUUUAUCCUCCUUAAGAUUAAUUGUAUUUCUACUGUAUCCCUGUACCCCAUCAAUUCUGUAGGAGCUACUGUCUGAGCGUGGAGCAUACUGCGCCAAAGCCUUAGUUACAGCAGAAUUGAAGGGAUAUAUAUUGGUCCAGCUUACAGUACGGUUGACGGAUCUAUGUUAGCAUCAGUUUUUAUGCCUACGACACUUUACUUCUUAGUACCUUAUAGACCCUUUGACAACCUUUGCAUUUGGUUGUAUAUGAUCUCCUGAUAUUUACAUGCAAGCUUGAAUUGAUUGGGGUUAAUAUUUUUCUAUGCAGAAAAUAAAAUAUGCAAUAUAUAUGAAAUUGAGACUGCAGUGACUGUCACUGGUCUCAUGUGAUUGUAAAUAAUCCAUCACUAGCGGCUAAUGCAGUAAUCAAACUGUGCCAGGUAUGGCAUCUUAUGUCUAGAAAAAUGGAUCUGACAUUUUCCCCCAAAGUCUUCACUUAUUCCUUUGUAAUUCAUAGUUGCAUGAAUAAAUCUAGUGAAAAGACAUAAAAAUACCAUAUAUUUUACAUUUUAGUCUGUUCAAGUGGGCAGUGACUGUUUAUAUACUAAGCAGUGACACAUUCCUUAUCACACUACUUUUCUGAGAACCUCUCCCCUAUGGCAAACCAGAAAUGGGAUGGGUUUCCAAUGUUGCAUGCACGUCAGCCUGUGUUAUAUCUAGGGCUCAGCAGAGCAAUAGCAUGUGGCCUCUGACGGGCUGCAGCACAUUUGAUAACCCCAUGUCUUUCCUGCUUUGUUACUGAAUUGUUCCACUCUUAAGAGCUGUGUAUGCUUUUGCAAUCAUUUUCUCAAUGCAUCUAUUAGAGAGAGAAAAAAAAAACGACUUUGCAAAUAGUCUUGAUUAAAUAUAUCCUAGCUAUUUGUAUACUAAUUUCAUAUGCAGAACUGUCUCCAUGGCUACAGACUACAAAUUGUAUAUGUAGUCAGAUCCUGUAUUCAUUUACCAUAUUAUACUGUUUCAUCUGUCCUUUUGUCUUGCUAACCUGCAGUAGGAGAAAAGGGUAAGAUAUUAGACACAUUUUAGAUGCAUUGAAGUAAGAAUCCUCUGUCUAUGGGCAGUUCCAAAAUAUAUUAGCUUAUGAUCUUCUGUGUAUCCUGUUACUGGAUAUGUGACCCAAUACCUGGACUACGUGGGAAGGUGGUAGGUAGUUGUCUAAUUACAUACUUCUUCUCUUUAUAGCUUUUAUAUCUCUAGUGAACAUUGAUCUAAACUCCACUGCUUUUUACUGAGUGACUUUAUGAACUAUACUGCUGCUUUUACCUCCACCACUGUUCUAGGGGCCUGCAAGUAUGUUCACAGCAGUUCAAUGCAGACCACACACUAGAGAAGGGGUCAAGCACCUUACAUUUACUACAAUUUGUAAAUGAAAGAAAAUAGAUUUUAUCCCAAUGGGGUUUUGUAUUUUCCCAUUCAUUGUGUUAUUGAUCUUUGUGGCUGCAACUCUAUUCCUUGAAAGUAUUACAUGUAAAUAAUAAUUUAUAUAAAAACUAAGAAUUGUAUAAUGACAGUCAGAUAUUUUGUACGAAUGCAUUACAACAGAAAAGCAAAUGUAUAAUUUUAAAUGUUGGAAUAUUUGUUUAAUAAAUUUUAGUUUAAGAUUCUUACACACGGUAAUUACCCUGAAGCAGUAAAUAAAUAGAUUUAUUCUAA